AGGUGUAGCGGGCGGUAGGAGGGAUGCGGCGGCAGCGGCUCACGUCUCUGGCCGGCUCCGCUUGGAGAAGUUGCUGCCUCAGGGAUUGCGGGCAGGGCAGGGGGGAGGCAGGGACCCGACGUGCAUUUCUCAGCGAACAGCAGAGGAGCGCCCCAAGUUUUGGCUCACUGGAGGCGCCGGGGAACUUCUGCAGAAGGGCUGCCGCUGUCCUCGCAUCCGGCGUGCUAGAGCAGGCAUCGCACUACCUGCACCACACACACACACUGAGUGCAGACUCAGCAUCCUACCCGCACAACACACACACUAACUGCAAAGCAGGUCUUUUACUUGCACAACACAGAGUGCAGACCCAGCAUCCUACCGGCACAACACACACACUGAGUGCAGACCCAGCAUCCUACCGGCACAACACACACACUGAGUGCAGACCCAGCAUCCUACCCGCACAACACACACACUGAGUGCAGACUCAGCAUCCUACCCGCACAACACACACACUGAGUGCAAAGCAGGUCUUUUACUUGCACAACACACAGAGUGCAGACCCAGCAUCCUACCGGUACAACACACACACUGACUGCAGAGCAGGUAUUGUACCUGCACAACACACACUCAGAGGAGCGCAGAGCUGGCAUUAUACCUACACAACACACACACACUCUGAGGAGUGCAGAACAGGCAUUGCAGCCUCACCACACACACACGGGACUCAUGAGGGCUGAGCAGGAAUUUUACUUAUCGAACAUACACAAUAAGGUGUGUAAAGCAGGCAUUUAACAUAACCAUCCACACGUUUCUGCACAUCUGCUUCAUUACUGCAUUAGCUAUUUCGAGAUCUGUGUUUCCUGUUUACUGCCCUAAGGACAUGAAACCACACACAGCUGUGAGGUUAUGCAACACAGAUCUUUGAAGCUACCUUUAUGUAGAUGAAACUUUCAGAAGCAGCACUCCAUUUUGGAACCUACCUUUUUUGAGAGCAUAUUGGACUUUCCAAGGCACCUUCUGUCUGGGCUACAUAUAUUGCUUACUCCUAAAUAUAUCAGAGGACAAUGAGGUCUUUUUAUUUUUUGUGUAUUUUCACACUAUAUAGUGAAGUUUCUUCCAUCUCAUUUUGUUCAAUGGGAAAAACUUGAGCAAGACUUGCGGUUGCUUUUUAUUUUACUAGAUUUCCCUUAAGGAGCCAAGUCUUUAUGAAACAUGUCCACCAUAGCUUUAUUUGUAUUUUUUUCAUUUGUGACUGAGACAGUAUAUUAAUUUCAGCAUAUUUUAGCUGUUUUGGUUUGAACCUGGCUUUCUGAAUUACAGCAUAUAUCAUAAUGCAAGGAAUUAAAUUAUUUCAAGUUUUCAGAAAAUAAUUUGUAUGUAUCAGAAAUAUUUUAUGGCUAUUCAUGGCUCAUUAAUAUAGCAGUUUAACGGUACUAAUAUGAGGCAUUGCAUUAAUUGUUGCAUACAGUUAUUACCAAAUGACUUGCACAAACAGUGUUUCAGAUGCCGUGGGUCUAAUCAUAUUAACCAGAAGUGUCCUGUGUGCAAACAAGGAAAUAUAAUUCCUUUGUAUGUGGAUAGUAAGCAGAUGAACUUGCUAGCGGUUUUGGAAGUAAGGACUGAUCAUAAUGAAAGCUGGAAUGGAUUUUUUUGCUUGAGGAAAGGGAAGCUAUGCAGCUUGAUAUUUGGGUUGAUAAUAAUGACUUUAGUGAUGGCAUCAUACAUACUGACUGGAGCCAAACAUGGCCUAUUACUAAUACCUUCGCCAUUCCAUUAUGGAGCUUUUACUGGCAACCCAAACUUAAUGGACAAUGAAAGCCUUAGUGAGACGAAAGACCAUUACCAGUCUUCUAAAAUUAAUAUUUCAUAUGUAAGGGAUUAUCCAAGCAUUAAAUUAAUUAUUGACACUAUUACUUCAAAGAUUGAGUUUAUAAACAGACAACGUCCAGAUUUAGAAGAUCUGAAGAAACAAGAACUGCAUAUGUUUUCUAUAAUUCCUAAUAAAUUCCUUCCAAAUAGCAAGAAUCCUUGUUGGUAUGAAGAAUAUAGAGGAAAUACUACAACAGAUCCUUACACAACAAACUCAUAUGCACUGUAUUCAAAGCGUUUUCGGACCAUAUUUGAUUACCUCAGAAAAGUAUUUUGGAACCACUUGUAUCAUUAUAAGGAUAAGCACUAUCGGCUGCGCUGUCUUCCUCAUUUCUACAUAAUAGGCCAGCCAAAAUGUGGAACGACCGAUCUUUAUGACAGGCUCAGGUUACACCCAGAUGUUAGAUUCUCAGCAAUUAAAGAACCACACUGGUGGACAAGGAAGCGAUUUGGAAUAAUUCGUCUGAGGGAUGGAUUUCAUGAUCGCUACCCAGUGGAAGAUUACCUUGAUCUGUUUGACUUGGCUGCAUAUCAGAUUCAGGGUGUGUUACAGAGUGAUGUAACAAAAGGGCGCAGCAAGAUGAACCACAUCAUCGUUGGAGAGGCCAGUGCUUCUACAAUGUGGGAUAACAAUGCCUGGGUUUUCUUCUAUGACAACAGUACUGAUGGAGAACCUCCAUUUUUAAUCCAGGAUUUCAUCCAUGCUUUCCAGCCCCAUGCCAAACUUAUCGUCAUGCUGAGGGAUCCUGUUGAAAGAUUGUAUUCGGAUUAUCUGUACUUUGCAAGUGCGAAUAAAUCCGCCGAAGACUUUCAUGAAAAAGUGGCAGAAUCCCUGCAGCUGUUUGAAAAUUGCAUGCUGGAUUACUCACUGAGAGCCUGUGUCUACAACAACACCCUUAACAAUGCCAUGCCUGUGAGGCUACAGGUUGGCCUUUAUGUUGUGUAUCUCUUGGACUGGCUGACUGUUUUCGACAAGGGUCAGAUACUAGUUCUCCGCUUAGAGGAUCAUGCAUCCAAUGUUAAAUACACCAUGCAUAUGGUGUUCCAGUUUCUGGAUUUAGGGCCUAUAAGUGAGAAACAAGAAGCUCUAAUUACAAAGAGUCCUGCAUCAAACACUAGACGUCCUGAAGACCGAAAUCUGGGACCCAUGUUACCAACGACAAAGGCAAUUCUAAGAGACUUCUAUAGGCCUUUUAAUACAAAACUGGCGCAAGUUCUUUUUGAUGAUGCUUUUUUAUGGAAAAAGACAUAAUAUGUAAAUUCACUUCCACAAAUACACUACUUUAAGGAGUUUUUAUUUUUUAAAGUCUAUUUUUGCGUGCACACAUUUACAUUUUAUCCAUUCCAAGGAGAAGCAAAUCUAAUGAGAUGAGAGUUCUCUUCCCUUAGCAUACGAUAUUUCACUGAAGCUAGAUCACAUUUUCCUUGUCAGAAUGUAAAACAUCCUGCUUAUCAAUCUCUUGCCAUUUCUCUCCCCCCCAGCAACAGAGCAGUACGGAAAUAGCAUUGGAAUGAAGGAGUUCUUUUACACUGUCUGGCUGUGGUUUUGAAGUUUAAUCUUCUCUAAAACAGUACAAUACAUAAUUAGCAUUGAUCUCUUAAAACCACACUUAUGUCAUCACUUUCAAGGUAUGUUCUCCCCUCAUUCAUUCCAAAGUAAUAAAAAAUAUCCAUUAGCCAUUAAAAUCUUUAUUUGAAUUUAAUCCAAAAUUCUUUUUUUAUUACUACAGCGUAUCAACACAUAGUUCAGAAUCUGUUCACCCAGAUUAAUGCUAUUACUUUAGUUAGUUAACUAAUCUGAUAUAUAAAAACAUAACCAAGUGACUUUUCAAUGUAUUACUGCAUUUAAGUAAUUCCCAAACCUAAUUAACUCC